GCGCGCACCGCGGCCGCAAACCCCACACGAUCCGCUCGAACUCUGUGUCGCAGAGGUGACCCACCAAGACUGCUCCUGCUGCUGCUGCCUCCCAUCGAGAACCUGCACCGACCCCCUCCCUCCACCUCCUCGACAAUGGACGCAGUUAGGAACUUCCAGGGGGCGCUGGCGGUUCUGGCCCUCGUGGUCGCGCUCCACCUGGUGCCGGCCUCCGGGGCUGAUUGGGAGGAGUACGAUGGGUCACUCGCAUCCAACCAGGACGUCAUCCUGAGAACGCACAACGAAGCGCGGCGCAACGUCACUCCCAGCGCCGCCAACAUGCUAAGAAUGGAAUGGAGUACAGCUGCGCAGGCUGCAGCCCUGGACUGGGUCAAAAAAUGCAACUUUUUCCACAGGACCACCGAGCAGCUGUAUCUCGACGGAAUAUUGUGCUCUGAGAACAUAGUAUUUUCCAAUACGCUUUAUUCGUGGGACGAGGCAAUCAAGGUCUGGGUCGACGAGGCCAACAGUCCAGGAUUCGACUACGGGAAGGGGCCGCGGAACCCUGGAAUCGUGGGACAUUACACGCAGAUCAUUUGGUACAGCACCUACCAAGUGGGAUGUACCAUCAACUACUGCCCGGAGGAAGCGUACAAGUACAUGUACCUCUGCGCAUACUGCCCUGUUGGGAACUGGAACAACCGGCUCACAAAGCCGUACGACGAGGGCCCGUCCUGCCAGGACUGCCCCAACGACUGCGACGACAAACUGUGCACGAACCCGUGUCCGUACUUGGACAAGUACGCAAACUGCUGGCUGAUGAAGAUAAUACUGGGCUGUGGGACGACCUUCUUUGGCCAGUAUACGAUGACGCACUGCCCCGCGACCUGCCAAUGUACCAACAAGAUCCACUGAAUCGCCAAUGUAAAAUGGCGUGCGCAAUGUAAUAGUCCACAUCGGAUAUUUAGGACUCUAUAUAUACACUCUAUGUACGUUGCACAUUACAUUUCAGUGACUGCCAAGGGAUUAACCCAUGGCUGAAUUUGUGCAAUUCAGCACAAUUCCACAUUAUGGGAUUUCGUUUCUUUCCGCAUUUUUAUCCCGGUUGUGCCAUCGGUGUCGCGUAAUCGCGAGUCAAAUAAUCUGUUCGGAAACGUCACAGGGCAGUGCCGCCCCCCCUCCGUGUUAGAGGAUGGCCCGCAGAAGCAGAUAUGGCAGAGCUACCUCUGAGAUCCCUUCUUAUUCAAGUAACACUUGUCUAUAGACAGUGGCCUACAGAAGCGGAUAUCAUAGAGCUACCUCUGAGUUCCCUUCUCAUUCCAGUAACACUUUUCUAAAGACAGUGGCCUACAGAAGUUGAUAUCAUAGAGCUACCUCUGAGAUCCCUUCUUAUUCAAGUGACACUUGUCUAAAGACAGUGGCCUACAGAAGCAAAUAUCAUAGAGCUACUUCUUCAAGUGAUAUUUGCGCUAUACACACAGUGGAGAAGAGCACUUUCCCACCCGCUCUGCCACAUCAGAAUAAAGUUUGUCGCAUGAUGGUCAAACUAAACAUUUUUAGACCAAAACAGGGGGAGAAUUUCUCCACAAUCCUGGCUGUCGCUGAAUGAUGCUGGUUGUUGUUGUAAUUACCGGGGAAACGUCAUGGUACUCGAAUUGUAAAUGUUGUAGUGGGUUUACUCUCCAACACACCGGUGUGCUGAAUUUGUAUACUACAC